AAAAUGCCAUUCGACAUCGUGUACGACGACGAGCCCAUUUCGAGCUUUGUGUUCACCAAUGAGGACACAACACAAACAUUCCACCACCGCUGGUAUGCCCAGGGCCAGAUGCACGAGUGUGCCACCUGCUACAGUUGCAUAGACGCCGAUGAGCCGCCUAGCCAGCACUGGGUACGCGGCGGCGAAAACUCGCAGGGCCUGAAGCUGAGCAAGCAACAGCAGGCCGUUCUGGACAUAAUCGAGGCGCGCCAGAUAGAGACCUUCUUCUUGUGCGAUGAGAGCGCCAAGGAUAAGCUGGAUCACUUCAUGGGCGAGACGUGUGCCCGCGGUGUGCCCGAACUGCUGCGCUGGAUGUUCCACAAUGGCACCUUCAGCGUGGAGUUCAAUCUGGCCUGCUACGUGAACGUGAUGAACCAGGUGCUGAUCUUCCAGAGCGGCAACCUCAGGGUGGACCAUCACUAUGACAUUGAAGAGUGUGUCAGUGUGGUGUACGAGAUGCUUAUGCAGCGGAUCGAGAAUUAUCUGAGCUGCAGCAGCGAGUAUGGGCUGGAUGAGUGCAGCAUUACCAGAAUACGGGUGCAGGUGAAGAGACAGCGACAGGAUGUCGAUUCCCCAGCCAUGGAGUCCUCGUUUGCCCUGCCCCUACAGCUGAGGCAGGAAGAAGAGUGCAGUGCUAGUGCCAGCUCCAGUUCCAGCACCAGCGAAGCCGAAUUGACCAGCCUGAAGGCCGCUUACCUGAAGCACUACCGGGAAUGCCUCGGCUACUUUCCGCCCAACAUGCGCGUCAAUCUGCACGGCCUGCAGCAGUGCAAGACCACCAAGGAGCUCUAUGUGGUGCCGUACCACAUCAGCGAGACGCUGCAGCAGCUGCCCAAUAAGAACUUCCUCAUUCUGAACAACAUCAUGGGACAGUUCCAGCGUCUGCACGAGCUGCCCACUCCCAUUAUGGGCUCCGCAUCAGCGUCAUCAGCGCCAUCAACGUCAUCGCCUACUUCGCCCACACGUCCGCUGCAGUGUCGUCGGUGCCGCACUCAUUUUACGCGUCGCAGCAAGUUGCACAUUCACCAGCAGCUGCACUGUGGCCAGGACUUCUCCGUCGACAGCAUGCAUGCCGAUAUUGUUGAGAUUUACGAGCAGUGUCUGCCCAUUUCUCGCAAUGUCUUUCAAUACGCCUGCUAUGGCAUCACCAAGCCCAAGACAGUGAUGCGCAAGGGCCAGUUUGUGCCCAUCGAGUGCGACUGGCGCAGCGAGAGUUCGGUGAAGGUGCAGCACGGACCGUGCGUGGUCAUCAGCAAUGCUCAGCAUAGCAGUCCUUGUAAAUAUUAUUGA